CCAUAGAUUGGACGAGCAAAACAAGCUUUGCUGCUUUUUCAACUCCCAAUCGGCUUCUUAACUUUGAAUAAACUGAAAUGAAGAGAAUAGUCCCUGCACCUGCGCAAGAGGCUACUGCUGUCCAAAGCUGAUUUAACAACCUCUGUCACCGGUGCUUAGUCAGUGACUGGCACCACUUCAGUGGCUUGACUUUCUUCAAGACGUCAUCAGCAAACAUGUUCUGCUGGAAUAUUAUUCCUUUUCAUUUAACGGCAGCUGGGAGAGGAGCCAAAGCCAGGGACACUGCAGCUGACUGGAACCGACUCUGCCGUGGCUGCGUAGAGCCAUUUCUUGCAACUGGCUCCAAGUUGAUCAGAGUCCAGCACCCACGGCUGCCUCACUGCAAGGAGAGAUGCAGGAGGGAGCGGAAGCAGAUCGCUCUGGACAGCCUCUUAACUCAGUAGACGGGACGAGUGGAGGAGAAGCAGCUAGUUCCAGCUCCAGGAAACCUGCAAUAUGGGAUCAUCCAACUGUCCUCAGAGCCAUAAUCGUGGUUAUGACGAUCAUCAUCAUUGCUUUAGCAGCAGCUUUGGGAGUUGAAAAAUCUAGGCCGUCUCCUCCUUGCCCCCCUGCUGCCUCCUGGUGCCCGGACGGCUGGAUCUGGAUCCAAGGGAAAUGUUACUAUUUUUCUAAGGCCGAAGGGAACUGGACCUACAGCCAGAGCUUCUGCUCUUUGCACUCUGCCUCCCUGGCCGGGAUUGAGAGUCUGCAGGAGCUGGGUUCCCUGCUGCCAUACGAAGGCAAACCGGACCACUGGAUCGGCCUCUGGAAGGACACAGGCCAGGUCUGGAAAUGGGCCAACGGGACCGAGUUUGACCAUCGGUUUGAAAUACAAGGCGGAGCCGACUGUGCGCACCUGGAUGAAGAACUCGCAGUCACCACGUCAAGGUGCCACACACCAAGACAAUGGAUCUGCAGUAAACCUGGGAAGGGAGAGGAGCGAACAGUGGGAGGGGAUUCGUGAACUCAAGGGAAUCGGAGAUCAGCUGUGACUGUUGUUCCACAAACUUAUACAGGAUUGUUUUAGGGGUUAAGACAAAGAUGCCACAUUUAUUAUAACAACAAUUUGAUUUACGACCGAUAAUUAAUAUUUCAAUUUUUACACACACACAUUAUACCUAAUAUU